CAGUGUGUCUUCACACACAGUGUGACACCUGUUUAGUGUCACACCCACAGUUCAGAGCACGUCACUACCUUUCUGCUGCACACUUCUCUGUUUGACAAUAAUGGCCAAACAUGACAUGUCUGAUCAUGUUUAUGAUAACACCAACUGGAUGAAAAAGGAUUCAUUUGGAAUUAGGAAACCUGCCAAAGAGAAGCAAUGUAGAUCUGUCUGUGCCAAGGUUCUUGUUGUUCUCCUAAUCCUGUCUCUGCUGGUUAAUGGAGUGCUGGCAUACUUGUGUGUCACUAAAUACAAAAAUGUGCAGUUGCAUUGCGAGCCAGGAACAAACUGCUCAAAUUCAGACCAUGAUCGAGGUAGUCCAGGCUGCACAUAUGAUGAGAACUGGAGAUCAAUAAACUACUGCCCAGAUUUGCCAGAGCAGUGGUAUAAGGGCAACGGCAUAUUUUACGUUUUCUCCAGUCACAACAAAACCUGGAACUCCAGCAGAAAGUAUUGUCAGGAUCUGGGUGGAGAUCUGGUCAUUAUCAACAACACAGAGGAGAAGGAAUUUCUUGCUCAGAGACUAUGUGUUGCUGGUGAAUCUGAUCUCUACUGGGCUGGGAACUGGCCAGACCUGAAUCCCAAAGCCAACUGUGCUGUUCUUAAAGGAAAUACACAAGAACACAUUCAUUGCUCAAGAGAAGAGAAGAGCAUUUGUGAGAUCCCAUGCCUUCUAUGAAUGUAGAUUACUUCUUUUUUAACAGUUGACUUUUUGUUUUAUUUCACUGUGCACUCAUGUAAAUAUAAGAGGUUGCUACAUUUGAUACAUUUCUUGUUUACUUGUUUUCAAAUUUCUGUACUAUGCCAUGUUUGAUAUGGGAAUCUUCCGAAAUAUCAUACUUUUUAUAGUUUUCCAUAUGUUUUUCAAAUUAUCAGAGUUUAAAAAUGUGUUAAGAACUAUGAAUCCCCAUGACAUAAAUGCAGU